AUGGCCCGCGCGCCCCGGCUCUGCGCGCUCUGGUUGUGCGCCACGCUCUGCGCCUCUGCCGGCGCCCCCCAGCCCGGCGCGCCGCCGCCCGCCGCCUGCCCCGGCCCCUGCCACUGCCAGCGGGACGGUCUCCUGCUGGCGGCCGACUGCUCCGAGCUCGGGCUGACCGCCGUGCCCGGCGACCUGCACCCCCUGACGGCUUACCUAGACCUGAGCAUGAACAACCUCACGGAGCUGAGCCCGGGGCUGUUCUCUCACCUGCGUUUCCUGGAGGAGCUGCGGCUCUCUGGAAACCAUCUCUCCCACAUCCCGGGACAGGCCUUCUCUGGACUCUACAGCCUGAAGAUCCUGAUGCUGCAGAACAACCAGCUGAGAGGCAUCCCCGCCGAGGCGCUGGGGGACCUUCCCAACCUGCAGUCUCUGCGCCUAGAUGCCAACCUCAUCUCCCUGGUCCCGGAGAGAAGCUUUGAGGGGCUGUCCUCACUGCGCCACCUGUGGCUGGAUGACAAUGUGCUCACGGAGAUCCCCGUCAGGGCGCUCAACAACCUGCCCGCCCUGCAGGCCAUGACGCUGGCCCUCAACCGCAUCAGCCACGUUCCCGAGUGCGCCUUCCAGAACCUCUCCAGCUUGGUGGUGCUGCAUCUGCAUAACAACCGCAUCCAGCAUCUGGGGACGCACAGUUUCGAGGGCCUGCACAGUCUGGAGACACUAGAUCUGAAUUACAACGAGCUGCAGGAGUUCCCUGUCGCCAUCCGGACCCUGGGCAGACUGCAGGAGCUGGGCUUCCAUAACAACAAUAUCAAGGUCAUCCCAGAAAAGGCCUUCAUGGGGAACCCUCUUCUGCAGACCCUACACUUCUAUGAUAACCCAAUCCAGUUCGUGGGAAGGUCAGCAUUCCAGUACCUGCCCAAGCUGCACACUCUAUCUCUGAAUGGGGCCACAGACCUCCAGGAGUUCCCAGAUCUGAAAGGCACCACCAGCCUGGAGAUUCUGACCCUGACCCGCGCAGGCAUCCGGCUGCUCCCACCGGGGAUGUGCCAACAGCUGCCCAGACUCCGAGUUCUGGACCUGUCUCACAAUCAAAUCGAGGAGCUGCCCAGCCUGCACCGCUGUCAGAAGCUGGAGGAGAUCGGCCUCCAGCACAACCGCAUCUGGGAAAUCGGAGCCGACACCUUCGGCCAGCUGAGCGCCCUGCGUGCCCUUGACCUGAGCUGGAAUGCCAUCCGGUCCAUCCACCCCGAGGCCUUCGCGACCCUGCACUCUCUGGUCAAGCUGGACCUGACGGACAACCAGCUGACCACCCUGCCCCUAGCCGGACUGGGGGCUUUGAAGCACCUGAAGCUCAAAGGGAACCCGGCUCUCUCCCAGGCCUUCUCCAAGGACAGCUUCCCAGAACUGAGGAUCCUGGAGGUGCCCUACGCCUACCAGUGCUGUGCCUAUGGCGUCUGUGCCAGCUUCCUCAAGGCCGCCGGGCAGUGGGAGGCUGAGGACCUGCACCCUGAAGAUGAGGAGGCUCUGAAGCGGCCCCCCAGCCUCCCUGCUGGGCACAGCGAGAGCCACUAUGACCCGGACCUGGAGGAGCUCCAGCUGGAACUGGAAGACUCGAAACCAACCCCCAGCGUCCAGUGCAGCCCCAUUCCAGGCCCCUUCAAGCCCUGCGAGCACCUGUUUGAGAGCUGGGGCAUCCGCCUGGCUGUGUGGGCCAUCGUGCUGCUGUCCGUGCUCUGCAAUGGGCUGGUGCUGCUCAGCGUCUUUGCGGGGGGACCCGUGGCGCUGCCGCCUGUCAAGUUUGUGGUCGGUGCCAUUGCUGGUGCCAACACCCUGACGGGCAUUUCCUGCGGCCUCCUCGCCUCUGUUGACGCCUUGACCUUUGGCCACUUUGCCCAGUAUGGAGCCCGCUGGGAGACGGGGCUGGGCUGCCAGGCCACAGGCUUCCUGUCCGUGCUCGGGUCCGAGGCCUCUGUGCUGCUGCUCACGCUGGCUGCCGUGCAGUGCAGCGUCUCCGUGUCCUGCGUCCGGGCCUACGGGAAGGGCCCCUCAUUGGGCAGCGUCCGAGCCGGGGCCCUGGGCUGUCUGCUGCUGGCCGGGCUGGCCGCGGCCCUGCCCCUGGCCUCCGUGGGGGAGUAUGGGGCCUCCCCACUCUGCUUGCCCUACGCACCCCCUGAGGGCCAGCCGGCCGCGCUGGGCUUCGCCGUGGCCCUGGUGAUGAUGAACUCCUUCUGCUUCCUGGUGGUGGCGGCGGCCUACAUCAAACUCUACUGCGACCUGCCGCGGGGCGAGCUGGAGGCCGUGUGGGACUGCGCCAUGGUGCGGCACGUGGCCUGGCUCAUCUUCGCCGACGGGCUCCUCUACUGCCCCGUGGCCUUCCUCAGCUUCGCGUCCAUGCUCGGCCUCUUCCCCGUCACCCCGGAGGCCGUCAAGUCGGUCCUGCUCGUGGUGCUGCCGUUGCCGGCCUGCCUCAACCCGCUGCUCUACCUGCUCUUCAACCCCCACUUCCGGGAUGACCUGCGCCGCCUCUGGCCCUGCACGGGCCCGCCGGGGCCGCUGGCCUGCGGGGUGGCCGGUGAGCUGGAGAAGAGUUCCUGCGAUUCCACCCAGGCCCUCGUCGCCUUCUCCGACGUGGAUCUCAUUCUGGAGGCUUCCGAGGCUGGGCAGCCUCCUGGCUUGGAGACCUAUGGCUUCCCUUCAGUGACCCUCAUCUCGUGUCAAAAGCCAGGGGUGCCCCGGCGGGAGGGGCUGGAGGGAACCCACUUUGGGAACCCACCACCCUCCAUGGACGGAGAGCUGCUCCGAAGGGCCGAGGCCGCUUUGCCAACAGGCGGGAGCGUGUCAGUGGGCCGGGGCUUCCAGCCGCCUGGCACCGCCUUUGCCUCACGCUUGUAAAUGUUCCUCCUCGGUCUUCUCUUCCCAUCUCUUCCCUCUCCUCUUCCCCCUCCGCAAAUGAUGGCUGCUUGUCAAAUAAACACAACCAAAGCUCAGCCGUGUGGUCCAGGGCAGGAGGGCCCACUCCCUGGUGCCUUUGGUCUUCUCUUCCCAGUGUGCUUCUGGGCCUGCUCUGCCCUGGGCCUCCCUCAACUCCACGUUCAUGCCGGACCUCUUCCCCGUCCCCUCAGGAGCUCCCCAGCGAGAGCUGGGCCUUCGCUUAAGGGUAAUGAGAGCCUCACA